GCACCCUUACCAUCAACUGCUUAUGACUUCUGGCAGAUGAUUUUGCAGAAUGGUUGUUGUAUAAUCGUUAUGUUAUGCAAUAUUGAAGAAAAUGGUAAACCAAAGUGUUUUGAGUACUGGUCACGAGAACCUGGAACAUCGGUGAAAUUUGACAAUAUUACUGUGAAAACGGUCGUUGUUAGGAAGCUGAAGUUACAUCCGGAAUGCUCGGGGACAGUGACGAUACAAAUCUCUGGAUUAGCGAUAAUGGUCGAUGACGUGUUCUAUCAUGCUGUCGAUCACUUCCAAUGGCUGAAUUGGCCUGAUCGAAAAGUACCACCAGCCGAUCUCACACCGAUUUCUCUACUUAAUUAUAUACGAAAAUCCAAGACACCGAUCGUAGUGCAUUGCACAGCUGGUAUCGGGCGCACUGGAACACUGAUCAUGAUGGCCUAUAUACUGGAGACAUUGGUGACUGGCCAGAAACCUGAAAGUUCAAAUGAGAUACUGAAACGUUUACGAUCCGAACGUGCUUAUCUUUUGCAGAGUGAUGCACAGUAUCUAUACGUUCAUCGAGUGUUAUUGGAAUACUUCGCUCUGAAAGGGUUGAUCAGUGAUUAUAUGGCUGAUCGAGUGGCGAAUUUUAUUGAAGAUUACGAAGCUGCGAUCAACUAA